CUUCCCUCAAAGCAGCCAGGCAUAACAGAAAGCUAGGGCUCGUUAAUCUGCGAGAGAGAAAAAAAAGUCCGAACACAACGUCCGGACGGAACAACUGCGAAGCCAACGCCAUGAACCCGACAUCCUCAUUUCAUCGUCUGAGCUGGGCAUUCGGGACGUUGAGAUCAGCUGCACCCCGAGCAUCGAGUAGCCGUCAAAUUCCACGUCCAUCCCGCCGAACCCUCUCCACCCGUCCUCGAGCUCAAACCCCAGCCGACCUCCAGAAGAACAACCCCUUCUACGUCCCCCCUCCAGGCCCUGACGACAUUCCUCCCAUCUCCGCCCGCUUAAAACCCCUCAUCCCAUUCUUCCUCUACUGGACGGCUCUUACCUCGUUAGCGUUCCACUUGAUGCAAGUGCGGACGCAUACUAAAGAAGAACUCAGCCGGAAAGAGGCCCAGUUGACGGUCCUCGAGAACUUGGUGGAGAGGUACAAGAAUGCCGCGGGAGCAUCCGGUGAUAAUUCAAGGACAAUAGUGGAUGAAGAAGAGGUGGAUAGGGAAUUACGGAUGGUAGGGCUUCGAGAACGUUUAAAACCUACAAGCACGGGAACAGAGGAAGGGAUGGAGCGGUUAGAAGAAGAAUUCGUCGAGGGCAGGACGAUCGGGUGGAAAGAAGUCUUCUUUGGGCGGAAAUCGACCAAGUUGUCAGAAGAAGAGCAAGAGAGUGCGGCCAAGGCCGAGUGGCAGCAAGUACUCAACGCCGCAUCGACUCACUCGAACCCCCCAUCAUCAUCAAACACCCCAAAGAGGGACUACUCGGGUUUGGACUCCAAGAUGCCAGAAAUACCUACCUCUUCAGCCUCAUCAACAACGACAACGACAACAAUAACGGAAGGUGCACGGAGAGCGCCUUCCUCGGCUGUGUAUAUGUGAUCCUUCUCGUGUGACUACAUCGUUAUCUAUCGAUCUAUCGAAUACAUGAAAUGGGCGUGC